UACCCGUACCAUGUACGAGAAAAACAGUCACUUCAAACUGGUUGUUUUUGGCAGUUCAUAUAAAAAAAAAAAAACCAAGUUCUAAAUUUGUAAUUUUCGGAAGCUUAAAAUUCUCGACCAUCGCUUGGAAACAAUUUGUUAGAUCUGAUGAUAUUUGUAUCAGAUCUACACAAACCAUAAUUUUUUUUCUUCCAUUUCUCCUCCCAUGGCGAUUUAUCCAUGUUGUUUAUCUUUCCUUUUGGUCUCCCUUUUCGUUUCAUUUUGUUACGCUGAGAUCCGCUUAACAGAGAUCCGCCACGAUGACCGUCCUAUAAUCCCUUUCGACGAGUUCGGCUUCACCCACACCGGUCGCCUCGAGCUCAAUGUCUCCAACAUUGCGCUCUCGAACCAGAACCCGGAUCUCGACAUGUCUAAGGUCGGGUUCUUUCUCUGCACGCGGGACGCUUGGAUGCAAGUGUUAUUACAAAUCGAAGACGGGUAUAUCAACUGCCCUCUCAAUUCCGAUUUCGUUAAACUCGUCUUCGAAUUCAAACAGCUUAAAGGGAAAUCUAAUAGUUUCAACACCGUUUACCAAGAGAACACCGCCGAUCAAUACACGCUCGUCUUCGCUAACUGUUUGAGUCAUGUCAAAGUAUCAAUGGAUGUCCGAUCGGCGAUGUACAAUCUCGACGGAAAGGAAAAACAUCGUGAUUAUCUCUCCGCCGGGAAAACUAUUCUCCCUAGGGUUUACUUCAUUUUCGCCCUCGUUUAUUUCACAUUGGCAGGGAUUUGGAUUUACGUGCUUUAUUUAAAACGACUCACCGUUUUUAGAAUCCAUUUAUUUAUGUUGGCUGUGAUUAUUUUAAAAGCGGUUAAUCUGCUAUGUGAAGCAGAGGAUAAAUCGUAUAUUAAACGAACCGGAAGCGCUCAUGGUUGGGAUGUUUUGUUUUACAUAUUCAGUUUCUUGAAAGGAGUAAUGCUUUUUACGUUAAUCGUUUUGAUUGGUACUGGGUGGUCGUUUUUGAAACCUUACUUGCAGGACAAGGAAAAGAAUGUGUUGAUGAUUGUGAUUCCACUUCAGGUUGUAGCUAAUGUUGCCCAGAUUGUUAUCGAUGAGACCGGACCUUUCGGUCACGAUUGGAUGGUGUGGAAACAGGUGUUUUUGCUCGUUGACGUUGUUUGUUGUUGCGCGGUAUUGUUCCCGAUUGUUUGGUCGAUUAAGAACUUGCGAGAGGCAGCUAAGACGGAUGGCAAAGCUGCGGUGAAUUUGAUGAAGUUGACACUGUUUAGGCAAUAUUACAUUGUGGUUAUCUGCUAUAUUUACUUUACUCGAGUUGUGGUCUAUGCUUUGGUGACGAUUACAUCAUAUAAAUAUCUUUGGACCAGUAUGGUGGCCGGGGAAGUGGCCACUCUCGCAUUUUAUGUGUUUACUGGGUAUAAAUUCAAACCAGAGCCACAUAACCCGUAUUUUGUUAUUGAUGAUGAGGAGGAAGAGGCUGCUGCAGAACAGUUGAAGCUAGAAGAUGAGUUUGAACUGUGAAAGCAUUCAUAGAGAACAAAAUUAUAUAUAUAUAUAUAUAUAUGGAGAACGAUUGAAGAAACUGGUGCAGGGGAUCAACCGGGAAGUUGAGUAGAAGAUCAUCAAAAUUGGUAACAAUGUUAAUAAAUUUCUACUUUGUAUGGAGAGCUGCUAAUGCUGGUUUUAAGUGGUAUGUAUAUUUGUAAUAAAUUUCCAAAUGAAAUACGCAUUUAAGGAAA